CAGAGUUGGUCACCAUGGCGGUCCUGGCGUCCAAUCCUAACAACCCGGUGGUGUUUUUCGAUAUCACCAUAGGAGGCCAGGAGGUCGGCCGCAUGAAGGUGGAGCUCUUCGCCGACGUGGUGCCCAAGACGGCGGAGAACUUCAGGCAGUUUUGUACCGGUGAAUUCAGGAAAGAUGGUGUUCCUAUUGGUUACAAAGGCAGCACUUUUCACAGGGUUAUAAAGGAUUUCAUGAUCCAAGGAGGUGACUUUGUAAACGGAGACGGGACUGGAGUGGCCAGCAUAUACCGGGGUCCCUUUGCUGAUGAGAACUUCAAGCUAAAACACUCGGCUCCUGGCUUGUUGUCUAUGGCAAACAGUGGCCCAAGCACCAACGGCUGCCAGUUCUUCAUCACAUGCUCUAAGUGCGACUGGCUGGAUGGGAAGCACGUCGUCUUUGGUAAAAUAAUCGACGGGCUGCUCGUCAUGAGAAAAAUUGAAAACGUACCCACCGGUCCAAACAACAAACCCAAGCUGCCCGUUGUGAUUGCUCAGUGCGGUGAGAUGUAGGGAGCACACCCCCAGGAUAGUUUCCCCCUUCAGCCUGGACCACCAGAAACUCUCAUUUCCUCCUCCCCUCCUCCCCUUCGUGCCUCAUCCACCUCCCCCCCCCUGACAUUCCAGACUUCUGUUGUUUUUGCCCAUUGUAAAUAAAGGGUUUUGUUUAA